GGGACGUUCAGUGUUGCGCAAGCCUCGGACAGUUCUUUAAAUACUUUCUCCCAUUAACCUGCCGUGAGUGAACGCAGACCAGCCGCGUUAACCUGCACUGAGUGAACACAGACCAGCCGUGUUAACCUGCGGCGAGACUACACAGACCAGUCGCGUUAACCUGCACUGAGGGAACACAGACCAGCCGUGUGCGGAGUGCCGUGAGAGACCCGCGAUGAAGACGCUGUGGCUAAUAUUAAUCUUCAUCAGCGUCCACAUGAUGGAGACGCAGGCUGAGAACAGGGAGUUUUACAUUGCAGCGGUGGAGCUCGGCUGGGACUACCGACACCAGGAAAACCUGGAUGUCCCACUCGUGCAAAGAAAGCGAAUUCUGCCUUCCAAGAAUGGUGUCGAGCAAUACAUGAAGGCUGUUUACUGGGAGUAUAAGGAUUCUACAUUUUCAACUCCGAAAGCUAAGCCACCGUGGAUGGGUAUUCUAGGUCCAACCAUAAAAGCUGAAGUCAACGACAGAGUCGUGGUCCAUUUCAAAAACUUUGCCUCCCUACCCUUCAGCGUAUGCCCGGUUGGCAUUUCCUAUUGGAAGCAGUCUGAGGGGGCAGGUUAUGACGACGCCACAUCGAACCAGGAGAAGGAGGACGAUGCUGUACCUCCAGGAGGUUACUACCGCUACGUGUGGGACAUCCAGCCAGCAAACGGGCCCACCCUGAAUGACCCGGAAUGCCUCACGUACUCGUACACCUCCCAGGUGGAUAUCAUCAGGGACUUUAACUCCGGGCUCUUCGGCACACUUCUGGUCUGCAAAGCAGGGAGUCUGAAGAGAGCCAGCCAGGAGAAAAUUCCAGAGUUCAUUCUGCUCUUUGCCAUUUUUGACGAAACAAAGAGCUGGUACGGAGAAGGAGGGGUAGCGCGGGAAAGGGUCAUGAAGGCCAGGGAACGAAAGCUGCAUCACACCAUCAAUGGAUACGCCAACUCCACUUUAGAAGGCCUGAAAAUGUGCCGGAAGACCAGUGUAAUUUGGCACAUGAUUGGCAUGGGCUCAUCCCCGGAGAUCCACUCCAUCCACUUCCAGGACCACACCCUGCAGGUGCAGAACCACAGGAAGGUGUCCCUGGAGGUGACGCCCAUGACGCUGGUCACCGCGGAGAUGAAGCCUGCUGCCACCGGGAACUUUCUCAUUUCCUGUCAGAUCCACUCUCACCUGAAAGCUGGGAUGAGUGCGUUCUUCACUGUGGAGGACUGCCAGGAGCCGGCAGACACCCUGCACAAGAAGCAUGUGGUCGCUCCGGAGGACUACGCAGACUACGACCUGGAGAAUUCGGUGAACGCCAUCAUAAUGAACUCGGUCCUGAUGGCGCGGUCGGCGAAGCUCAGGCCCAAAGUGUGGAGGCACUACAUCGCUGUGGAGGAGACCACCUGGGACUACGCCCCAUACCUGGGAGAAAGGGACAGGGCCCUGGCGUCUGAGUACCUUGAGCAAGGCCCACAGCGGAUAGGAAAACAAUACAAGAAAGCCCUCUAUGUGGAAUACACGGAUGACAGAUUCGCUAAACGAAAAAUAGUGGAAAGAGAACUCAUGGGGCCUGUGCUAAGAGGAGAGGUUGGAGAUCAAAUUGAGAUAGUGUUGAAGAAUUGGGCAAGCCGCCCUUUCAACAUCUACCCAAACGACCUGACCAGCAUCCAUGCUUCAGGGGGCAAGGAUUUGCUAAAGGGGAAGGCCAUGAGGGAUUUUGCUGUGCAGCCCAACGAGACCUUUGUGUACCUGUGGAAGAUAACCUCGGAGGACGGGCCCACGCCCUCAGACCCGAAGUGCCUGACCCGUCUGUAUCAGAGCACCAUCGACCCGGUCCGAGACGUGGCCUCAGGCCUCAUCGGCCCCCUGGUUGUGUGCUUCAGGAAGACACUGGACAGGAGGGGCCAUGUGUUAAUGUCAGAUAAAGAGAAGCACUUGAUGUUCAGUGUUUUUGACGAAAACAAGAGCUGGUACAUCGAUGAAAACAUAAAAAAAUAUAUUAAAGACCCCUCUACAGUGACGCCUAAUGACCAUGGGUUCUAUAACUCCAAUGUAAUGUACAAUGUCAAUGGGUUCAUGUUCAACAACCUACGUUUCACGGCCUGCUUGGAUGAUGUUAUCUUCUGGCACGUGGUGAACGUGGGCACCCAGAGCAACUUCCUGUCUGUCUACUUCACCGGAAACAUCUUUGAGCGUGACAAGGUGCAUGAGACCGUUCUCACACUCUUCCCCAUGACUGGGGAGACGAUCAGCAUGGAGAUGGAGACAGUCGGUGCAUGGGAAAUCAGUGCUUUGGAUGCCAGUCUUAAAAACCGUGGCAUGAGUGCAAAGUAUUCCGUAAAUUAUUGUGACCAGAAACUGCCGUUGGUGGACAAUCCGGAUUACUAUUACUUUUUGGCGGAGGAGGAAUACCAGGAUAACCACAUCGCGAGAAGCAGCAGUGGGAAGAACAGGACGCUGACCAUCCGUGCGUGCAAGAGGCAAGUCGUGAACAACACGCUGGCCACGACGGCCAACACCACUGUGCACAAUCUCAAACCCGUCUGUGUGAUGAAGCGUAUCACAGUCAAACAGAACGUAACUGCAUUCUCCAAGGGUGACAUUCCGGAGGAUGUCCUACAAGAGCUGGACAGAGAGAUAAAGAAGAGUUCUGCUGAAGAUCGGCAGAGCUUCCCUACAGAGUCCCCUGAGGCAUAUAACACAAGCAAACAAUCAGGUUCUCAGGCUGAUCUGGUGGGAACAGCAGUUUUGAAUGAUACUCUUCCGCCAGAGUCCGACAAGCACUUGGAGAAACAACCGAGAGUCAGGAAGAGGGCAGCAGAAUUUCUCAUGAUAGGACAUGCAAACACCACCCCUGACCUCGACACAACCCCUCAAACGGUGCCUGUAGAAAUGGAGGAAGAAGGCAAUGUCAGCCUUCCAACUCCACACGUAACACUGCCGUCAUCAACCACAGAUCUGGACCAUAAGCAGUUUGAUGAAAGAGAAGAGCUGGUGACAGCAGAGGAUAUGGUUGAAAAGAAGCAAGAGGAGAACGCUACAGUGGGCAACCUUCAAAACAUCUCCAACUCUCCAUCCACGACUCUCCCCAGCCACAGUCAGGAGCGAGAGGAGAAUGCUACAGUGGACAACCUUCAAAACAUCUCCAACUCUCCAUCCACGACUCUCCCCAGCCUCAGUCAGGGGAGCACCCUCAAAUCACUGAUGUCCACCUUGGACAGCAAGCUGCAUGGUGGCCCUGAAGGUGAUGGAGUGCGGAGACGCCAUGCCAACGGAGAGGGACAAGGCUCCAAAACACCGAGAGAGCACCAGGAGAACCAGGUGCUGAAAGACAAUUCAGAUUUAGGGCAGGGUAAUUUCAGCCAGUUUGGCAAGGAGCGGGGCGGUGUCAACCAAACGGACUCUGGUCACAACGCACUGGACGAGCAGUCGUUGGACUUGCAGAUCCUCGAUUCGCAGGUAAAUGUUUCAGAAAACGCUAACUCUACCAAACAAGGCCCGUCCCUGGAUUACGAUGACUACAGUGAAGAGACCAACAGCACUCGGAUGGAUUUUGAUUUCGAGGACGAUUUAAACAUCCGUACCCCGCAGGGUAGAUACCUCAAUUACUACAUUGCUGCAGAGGAAGUGAUGUGGGACUAUGGCAUAAAAAAACCACAGCAGUUAAUAAAGCCCAGGGAGAUGCGGAGGGGAAUGAGGAAGUACUUCCCAGAGUACAAGAAAGCGGUGUUCCGGGCCUAUAUCGACAAAGACUUCAACUACCCUGCAGCACGAGGAGAGUUAGAGGAACACCUGGGAAUUAUGGGACCCGUGAUUCAGGCUGAGGUCAACGACCUUGUGAUUGUGACUUUUAAGAAUCUUGCCUCGAGGCCGUACUCUUUCCACCUCCAUGGGGUUUACGAUAGAAGCCAAGGGGCGGAGGAUGGGGAGGCGGUGCAACCCAACGAGGUGCGGGUCUACAAGUGGAAGAUCACGCGGCGGCAAGGACCCUCCACAGUGGAGUUUGACUGCAAGUCCGGGGCCUACUACUCAAACCUCAACACGGAGAAAGACAUCCAUUCUGGACUCAUUGGGCCCCUGAUUGUGUGCAAGACAGGCACCUUCCAUACCUUGUCCAAACUCCAGCCAGGCAUUCAGCAGUUCUCCCUGCUCUUCACCGUGUUUGACGAGACCAAGAGCUGGUACUUAGAAGAAAACAUUCAACGCUUUUGUAGGUCGACUUGCACCAUCAAAAAUGACGAUCCCUGGUUCAAGAUUGGCAACAGGUUUGCUGCGAUCAAUGGCUACGUGGCAGAGACCCUGCCGGGCUUGUUAGUGGCACAGCACCGUCCGGUCCGCUGGCACCUGUUCAACAUGGGCACCGGAGGGGAGUUCCACUCCGUGCACUUCCACGGGCUGCCCUUCACGGUCCGCAGCGACCAGGAGCACCGUAUGGGUAUCUACAACCUCUACCCCGGGGCGUUUGGCACCGUGGAGAUGAGGCCUUCCAUGGCAGGGACCUGGAUGGUGGAGUGUACCAUCGGGGAACAUCAGCUAUCCGGCAUGCGGGCCAAGCUGCUGGUCUACAAUUCACAUUGUGUUGAACCACUGGGAAUGCGGACUGGAAUGAUAUCAGACUCCCAGAUCACCGACUCUGGCCACUACGGGAGCUGGGAGUCCAGACUAGCAAGGCUGAAGCUGUCGGGCUCAAUCAAUGCCUGGAGCGCUGUGAACAAACAGUCUUGGAUCCAGGUGGACCUGCUCAGGCCAAUGCUGAUCCAUGGAGUUCACACACAGGGGGCGACCCAUGGCCUGUCCGAAAGCUUUGUGGUGCAGUACACCCUCUCCUACAGCCUCGACCAGGAGGCCUGGAAGACAUACAAGGGAAACAGCACCAAACAGGAAAUGGUUUUUAUAGGAAACUUGGACGGCUCCAGGGUGAAGGAGAAUCACUUCUCUCCUCCGAUAAUGGGCCGCUACAUCCGGCUGAACCCCGUGACCUUCCAGAACCGCGCCACCCUUCGCCUGGAGCUGUUCGGCUCCGACGUAAACAGCUGCUCCUCGCCCAUGGGGAUGGAGAGGAGGCUCAUUCCCAACCAGAGCAUCAGCGCCUCCUCCUUCCUGAAGACCUGGUUCCUCACCUGGAACCCCUCUCUGGCCCGCCUGAACCUGGAUGGCAAAGCUAACGCUUGGAGACCCAAGACCAACAACCCUCACGAGUGGCUGCAGGUGGACUUCCAGGAGGUGAAGAGAGUGACGGGCGUGGUCACCCAGGGCGCUCGUUCAAUGCUGACGCAGAUGAUGGUCACGGAGUUCACCGUGUCCGUCAGCAACGAUGGCCGAGUCUGGUUCAGCCUGCAAGAGGAAGGCUCCUCAAGAGACAAGGUCUUCCCAGGAAACAAUGAACACGACGAAGAGUUCCUGAACCUGUUCGAGCCCCCGGUUUUUACCAGAUACAUCCGGAUCCAGCCCAAGGGGUGGUACAAUGACAUCGCCUUGCGCCUGGAGUUUUUGGGCUGUAGCACACAGCAGAGACUCUGAAUGCACAAAGACAGACUUCCACAGUUCAACAGCUCAGAAUAAUGGAGCAGGCCAGGCAUAAUGGAAAUCUUCAUGUUCUCGGUCAUUUUGAAUGUCUUGUCAGCCUACGUAAACCAACCAGAAUCAUCUUUUUCCAGUUUCAAGAACCAAGAACCAAGAACCUGCUACUGUGUUAUAUUCAUAUUUAAGUACACCUCCUUCAACUGCACUGAAGUAAUAGCAAUCGAGCACUAAGUUAACCGGGAAAUAUACAUCCAUUCUACUCUGGUUGUGUGUGUGUGAUUUGUGUGUGUGUGUCUGUGUGUGUGAGCCUGAGUGUGUGUGCUCACAGAAAUAUAUUCAGGUUUGUUGAGAGAAAGGGGUAGAAUUCUUAUUUUAUUUUUACAGAUUGUUUACCAUUUGUGAUGGGUUUGUUUAAAACUACUUAAGCAUUUCGUGAUCACUGUUUUCAAGGCACUGUACAUUUCUGGCUAUUUAAUUUAUCAGUUUUUAUAUGAUUUAUGAAUUGUAGUUCCACUUCUUCUUUUUUCCCCUUUCCCUUUAUCCCUUUAUAUAUUUUUUAUAUAAACAGAAUAUGUGAGAACAUUUUGUUCAAUAUUUUUAUAUGUAUGUACCAAUGUAUGUAACAAUACUAUUACAAAGAAAAAAACCCAGUUAAAAA